GCCCCCUCCCCGCCUUUUCCGCCCUCCCGGUCCCCUCCCUCGGCCCGCUGCCUCUGCUCCAGAUGAGGUGAUGGCAACGGCCAACUUCGGCAAGAUCCAGAUCGGCAUUUACGUGGAGAUCAAACGGAGCGAUGGCCGAAUACAUCAAGCAAUGGUAACAUCUUUAAAUGAGGACAAUGAAAGUGUAACUGUGGAAUGGAUAGAAAACGGGGAUACGAAAGGCAAGGAGAUUGACCUGGAAAGCAUCUUCUCCCUUAACCCUGACCUCGUCCCUGAUGAAGAGAUUGAACCCAGUCCGGAAGUCCCUCCACCUCCAACAGCCUCGGCCAAAGUAAACAAAAUCGUAAAGAAUCGGCGGACUGUGGCUUCUAUUAAAAAUGACCCUCCUCCAAGAGAUAACAGAGUGGUUGGUUCUGCACGUGCCCGGCCCACUCAGCUGCCUGAGCAGUCCGCCUCUGCACAACAGAAUGGUAGUGUUUCCGAUAUCUCUCCAGUUCAAGCUGCAAAAAAGGAAUUUGGACCCCCUUCACGUAGGAAAUCUAAUUGUGUGAAAGAAGUAGAAAAAUUACAAGAAAAACGAGAAAAAAGGAGACUGCAACAGCAAGAACUUAGAGAAAAAAGAGCCCAGGAUGUUGAUGCUACAAAUCCAAACUAUGAGAUCAUGUGCAUGAUCAGAGACUUCAGAGGAAGUUUGGAUUAUAGGCCUUUAACAACAGCGGAUCCUAUUGAUGAACACAGGAUAUGUGUUUGUGUGAGAAAACGACCACUCAAUAAAAAAGAAACUCAAAUGAAAGAUCUUGACGUGAUCACAAUCCCUAGUAAAGAUGUCGUGAUGGUGCAUGAACCGAAACAAAAGGUAGAUUUAACACGGUACCUGGAAAACCAAACGUUUCGUUUUGAUUAUGCCUUUGACGACUCAGCUCCUAAUGAAAUGGUUUACAGGUUUACUGCUAGACCACUGGUGGAAACUAUAUUCGAAAGGGGAAUGGCUACGUGCUUUGCUUAUGGGCAGACUGGAAGUGGAAAAACUCAUACUAUGGGUGGUGACUUUUCAGGAAAGAAUCAAGACUGUUCUAAAGGAAUUUAUGCAUUAGCAGCUCGAGAUGUCUUUUUAAUGCUCAAGAAGCCGAACUACAAGAAGCUAGAACUUCAAGUAUAUGCAACCUUUUUUGAAAUUUACAGUGGAAAGGUAUUUGACCUGCUAAAUAGGAAAACAAAAUUAAGAGUUCUGGAAGAUGGAAAGCAGCAGGUUCAAGUGGUAGGAUUACAGGAACGUGAGGUCAAAUGUGUUGAAGAUGUUCUGAAACUCAUUGACAUAGGCAACAGCUGCAGAACAUCUGGUCAGACAUCUGCAAAUGCGCAUUCAUCUCGGAGCCAUGCAGUGUUCCAGAUUAUUCUGAGAAGGAAAGGAAAACUACAUGGCAAAUUUUCUCUCAUUGACUUGGCUGGAAACGAAAGAGGAGCCGACACCUCCAGUGCGGACAGGCAGACCAGGCUGGAAGGUGCUGAGAUUAAUAAGAGCCUUUUAGCACUCAAGGAGUGCAUCCGAGCCUUAGGUAGAAAUAAACCUCACACUCCUUUCCGGGCGAGUAAACUCACUCAGGUGUUAAGGGACUCCUUCAUAGGCGAAAACUCCCGGACCUGCAUGAUUGCCACAAUCUCUCCAGGAAUGGCAUCCUGUGAAAAUACUCUCAAUACAUUAAGAUAUGCAAAUAGAGUAAAGGAGUUUGGAAUUAGUCCAUCAGACAUUCCCUUCUCACAGGGUACUGGCAGUCGCCCCGAUCUCUCUCCUUCCUAUGAGUAUGACGACUUUUCUCCUUCGAUUACCAGGGUGAAAGAACUGACUGUAGAUCCUACUGCCGCUGGUGAUGUCCGUCCAAUAAUACAUCACCCUCCCAGCCAGAUUGACGAUGUCGAGGCCCAGUGGGGUGUGGGGAGUUCCCCUCAGAGAGAUGAUCUCAAGCUGCUCUGUGAACAAAAUGAGGAAGAGGUGUCUCCACAGCUGUUUACUUUCCACGAAGCGGUCUCCCAAAUGGUGGAAAUGGAAGAGCAGGUUGUGGAAGAUCACAGAGCAGUGUUCCAGGAAUCGAUUCGAUGGUUGGAGGAUGAAAAGGCUCUCCUUGAGAUGACUGAAGAAGUGGACUACGACGUAGAUUCCUAUGCCACACAACUUGAAGCAAUUCUUGAGCAAAAGAUAGACAUUUUAACUGAGCUGCGAGAUAAAGUAAAAUCUUUUCGUGCUGCCCUACAAGAAGAAGAACAAGCCAGCAAACAAAUCAACCCGAAGAGACCCCGUGCCCUUUAAGUUGGCCUUGCUGCUAAAGGACCCCCAGCACCCUUAAUACUGUAAUGGACAUGGUUUAGCUGUAAGGGCCAUUUGAAAGUUUUAAGAUUUUAAGUGUCUGUGGAAAAUGUCUUGUCCUUCACCUGAAUGACAUUUCAAUUUUGUGAACCACCUCCGCCUCCAAAAUGCUUCUAGUCCGGGAGGCACAAACAAGAAUUGGGAUUGGUGAAGCAUUACAUUUCAUUUACCCAGUAGUGGUUUGCUUUUGGAGAUCCUUGCCAAUUUCAUUUGUUAAAGGAGGGAGUUGGGUUGUGGACUUGACCUGGAGGUGGCUGUUAGGGGGAAGCCACAGCAUUUCCUUUGACUCGGUUCAGUUUGCAUAGCCAGACGGCGCGGUUGACCCUGAGCGUGCAUGCUUACCUCAUCCGUGACUGUACAUACCCGCCACUCCUCGACGGCUGUGCUCGCCUCCCGCUCUGUGCCUUGACCAAGGCUACGACCCCGAGUUGCUGAAGCACAGCCAAGAAAAAUUACAUUCCUUAUUCAUCAUUGUAAAUUACCGUUAUUGUGUGUACAUUUUUACUGUAUUUGAGACAUUUUUGUGUGUGACUAGUUCAUUUUGCAGGAUGUGCCAUAUCAUUGAACAGAACUUAAGUCUGUGACAGUGGACAUAGCUGCUGAACCAUUCCAUCUUAUAUGUAUAAAAUCUGGAAUUAUGAUUUUAAACCAUAUAACAUGUGAUUUUAAUUUUCUUAGCCUUUUUCUUUGUAAAGAACUAAAAUAUAAACUAGUUGGUGUAAAAUAAAAAGCAAUGAAGUUCUGAGAAGAGUUUUAUCUUAGGGUUAUACAUAUAUAUGCAGUGUGUGUGCCAGUGUGGUAUUAACAAGAUUAAUAGUGCAAUUUGAUCUUUACCAGUACCAUUAACUUAAGUUGAAAUGUUCAUUAGCACCCCAAAGUGUACCAUUCAAUGUACUGGUAAAAGAAGCUGGCUUCUGAUGCAUGAACGCUGACAUGUGCGUUGAAGGUAGCCCAUAGCAGAGGUUAGCUUAUGCCAGGUACACACAGCACGUAACUCCCUUGAGAAUUAGGCGCAAAGAGCUCCACCUAGUAACCUAAUGUGUCAUAUUUUCCCAUUACUUGGUGAGGAUUGCCAAAUUCUUACCAA